AUGAAUUGCUGCAGGCCCUGCAGCACCAACAACAGCGACGGAGGAACGGAGGUCUCCGGCGAGGAUUGGUCCAUCAAAACGAACUUCGAGGCUGAAGCUAACGCUAACGUCAACGCAACCUUCACAAUCUGUGGCAUUCAAGAAAAUGGUGGCUCCGCAAACUCAAUCCCCGCUUCCCGAGCCGCUGCAGCGACGGCCGCCGCCGCCGCCGCCGCCGCCGCGGGGAGCGCCGCCGCCAUCGCCGCGGCCACCGCGUCGCCAACAUGGGAGGACGACCUUCAGGCGCAGAUGCAGGAGUGGUUCCGCGACUCCGAUUGGGUGGACGAGCCGCCGUCGAUCGCGGUCACUAUGGGAUCCGGCGCGGUGUGCCAGCUGGAUUCUACUGCCACCGUGGCGCUUCCGCCAGAUGCGGUAUUUAACGUCAUCCGAGACCCGAAUAAUCGGCGCGUGUUCAAGAAUGUUAAGGUGAGAGCCUCUCGUUCAUCGCUUUCACUCUCUCCACUUCCGCCCAUCACCAAAUUCGCGUCGUCUUCGACUUCCCUUGUUCGACAUCCUAUUCCCGCGUCCUACAAACGCCCAUCCGUGAGCGACGUGCGCGUGUUGCGCGACGACGGCGCAGUGCAGCACGCGGAGAUGAAGAUGACCUUCGUGUGGCGCCUGCCCGCCAUCUCCGGCACUUUCACCGCUCAAGUUCUCAUGAUCCAAGACCGCCCCAACCGCAUGGUGUGUUCUGUCGCUGCGAAUGAAGUCGAUUUGUGA